GGUAUUUGGUUUCACUUUUAAAAGUUACACAACAGGGACUAAUCCCCAAAGCAUUAUUAAAAAAAAACAAAGGAGUGUAAGGGGAGCACUAAAAGAACUUUGCUAAAUUGUUUUUGACUACGUGAUUUUCUCUGUUGGGAAAAUAAACUAAUCAGUAGCAGCUAGAUGUGCUGUUCCUCCAUGUUUUUAAAUUAUGAGUGGUCACCAAUGAUUAGACUUAUUAAAAUAUCAAUACAAUUACUAGCUGCAGCUCUUUUUUUUUUUUCACAGAGAAAAAUACCCUGUCACUUCUUUAUUAUUGCUGUGAUCUCUCUAUAUUAUCAUAAUCUGCUUUGAGGCUUUUAUGUUACAGUUCUUACCAACAAACUGGUAUUUCAAGAAUCCAGAAAUACAUUUUGUUUAAAAGUAAGCCGAUGAUUGAAAUUUCAUUUUAUCCUACUUUGUUAUUUUCCACUGGAGAAGGUACUGCAGUGCUGUAAAAUACUGGGGAAUACAACUGUAACCUCCAUCUCGGUUUUUCUCGCGGCAGAAGCGUGUCGGUGGCUACGAGCUUGCUCCUGGCAAUGAGAAAGACGCGUGUGAGAUUCCUGGAUGUUUGCUGCCAGUGAAACAGCGGCGGAACGCGGCCGGGUGGAGCAGGAUGCUCUCCAGGAUACCCAGGCGGGACGGAGCUCGACUCGAUGGUUCGGCGCGGCCGGCGGGGCGCUCUGGGCGGCCGCGCCGCACUCUAUGGUGCGAUGGGAGGAGCGGCGGGGCACGGCGGGCGGCCCCGGCCCGGCAGUCCUGAAGCCUUCGGCGAGCACCAUGUCGCCUCCGAAAGAAAAUGUCAGCUUGCUGUUCAAGCUGUACUGCCUCACGGUGAUGACCCUGGUUGCUGCCACGUACACGGUGGCGCUGCGGUACACCCGGACAGUGGAGACAGAGCUCUACUUUUCAACAACAGCUGUGUGUGUCACUGAAGUUAUCAAGCUGUUCCUGAGCCUGGGCAUCCUGGCUAAAGAAACUGGAAGUCUGACAAGAUUAAUAACAUCUUUAAAAGAAAAUGUAUUCGGAAGUCCUAAAGAACUGCUGAAAUUAAGUGUUCCAUCUGUGGUGUACGCUGUCCAAAACAAUAUGGCAUUCGUGGCUCUUAGCAACUUGGAUGCUGCAGUCUACCAGGUGACAUACCAGUUGAAGAUCCCUUGUACAGCUUUAUGUACAGUCCUGAUGUUGAGCCGUACCCUUAGUAAGUUGCAGUGGUUCUCUGUCUUCAUGCUGUGUGGUGGUGUUACCCUUGUUCAGUGGGAGCCUGCUCAGGCUACAAAAGUACAGGUGGAGCAGAACCCAUGGCUAGGGUUUGGAGCAAUUGCUGUGGCAGUGUUUUGCUCAGGAUUUGCAGGAGUUUAUUUUGAAAAGGUGUUAAAGAGUUCAGAUACUUCCUUGUGGGUGAGGAACAUUCAGCUGUACUUAUCUGGGAUUGUGGUGAAUUUAUUUGUUGUGUACAUGUCAGAUGGAGCCAAAGUUCUUGAGAAAGGGUUUUUCUAUGGCUACACAUACUACGUCUGGUUUGUUGUCUUUCUGGCCAGCGUGGGUGGCCUCUACACCUCGGUGGUUGUUAAGUACACAGAUAACAUCAUGAAAGGCUUUUCUGCAGCGGCUGCCAUUGUUCUCUCUACUGUGGCAUCAGUCAUCCUCUUUGGCCUCCAGAUAACUGUAACCUUCUCCCUGGGUGCUCUCCUGGUGUGUAUUUCUAUUUACCUCUAUGGAUUACCUCGACAAGACACCACAAAAAUCCAGCCCUCAGAGACUAAAACCUCUAAAGAGAGACUUGCUAAUGUGUGAUGUCCAUGAAAGUGGACACAUGGACAAGAGAAAAAAUAGACUUUUAAAAAGACUGCUUUUUUUUCAAAAUUAGCCUUAAGCUAGUCAUGAAAUGGUUUAAGUGGGUAGACUAAAAGCAGAAGUUAGUUCUGUUUUACAUGAGGAGUUUCCAGUGGCUGACACUGAGGCUACACUGCAGCUGAGGAGCUGGCUGGGUACUUUAUGGAAGGUAUUCUUCAUUCACAUCGACAAUGAAGAGUCUCAUUUACAGGGAAAACCCAAUGAAGGAACUGAUCACUCAAUUGUAUAUAAUGUAUAUAAUGGAGGGAAAAUGGUUCUUUGUGUAUUUGAUAAACUGUCUUGCUCUUUGAGGGCAGAAAUGCCUGAAAAGCUUCAUAAAAAAAACUAUUAAAAAAGCAACUACUGCCACCAUUUUCUCUUAAGAUACUUGGCAAUUGCAGUUUGAUUAAUGACAGGAAGAGUUCCUCUCCUAGGCACUAAGCACGAGAUGAUUCAACUCUACAGGGAAUACCCUUGCUUUGAGCAUCACCUACCUCAGAGUGACUACAGGUAGCCUUUCUUGUUUGGUUUAAAAAGUCAGAUGAAAGACUCUGAAGCUGUGGCUUUCCUUUUACUCUUUAAGUGUUUUUUUAAAUUCAGCUGUAGGUGUUAAAGGGAUCUUCUAUGCUUAGUAUAGAGGAAGGUUUUUACUUGUUCCUGUACCUCUGGCUCAAGUGUAAAUGAAGUUUCUGUCUAGAA